AAGAAACUCUAUCAGUGCAUGGAAUGUGGAAAGAGCUUCAGUCAGAGCUCCAAUCUCACUUCCCAUCAGAGAAUCCAUACAGGGGAGAAACCCUAUCAGUGUGUGGAAUGUGGAGCGAGCUUCAGUCAAAGCGCCCAUCUCACUUCCCAUCAAAGAAUUCAUACGUGGGAGAAACCCUAUCAGUGCUUCGAAUGUGGAAAGAGCUUCAGUCAUAGCUACUCUCUCACUUAUCAUCAAAGAAUUCAUACAGGGGAGAAACCCUAUCAGUGCGUGGAAUGUGGAAAGAGCUUCAGUAAGAAGUACAGUCUCACUUCCCAUCAAAGAAUUCACACAGGGGAGAAACCCUAUCAGUGCGUGGAAUGUGGAAAGAGCUUCAGUCAGAUCGCCCAUCUCACCUCCCAUCAAAGAAUUCAUACAGGGGAGAAACCAUAUCAGUGCUUCGAAUGCAGAAAGAGCUUUAGGAAUAGCUCCUCUCUCACUUCCCAUCAAAGAAUUCAUACAGGGGAGAAACCCUAUCAGUGCUUCGAAUGUGGAAAGAGCUUCACUGAUAGCUCCUCUCUCACUUCCCAUCAAAGAAUUCACACAGGGGAGAAACCCUAUCAGUGCGUGGAAUGUGGAAAGAGCUUCAGUAGGAAAGACCAUCUCACUUCCCAUCAAACAAUUCACACAGGGGAGAAACCCUAUCAGUGCUUCGAAUGUGGAAGGGGCUUCAGUCAGAGCGCCCAUCUCACUUCCCAUCAAAGAAUUCAUACAGGGGAGAAACCUUAUCAGUGUUGCUUCGAAUGUGGAAAGAGUUUUAGUCACAGCCACAGUCUCACUUCCCAUAAAAGAAUUCAUACAGGGGAGAAACCAUAUCAGUGCUUUGAACGUGGAAAGAGCUUCACUGAGAGCUCCAAACUCACUUCCCAUCAAAGAAUUCAUACAAGGUAGAAACCAUAUAAGUGCUUCGAAUGUGGAAAGAGCUUCAGUCAGAGCUCCCAUCUCACUUCCCAUCAAAGAAUUCAUAAAAGAGAGAAACCCUAUCAGUGUGUGGUGUAG